GCCGAUUCGGACGUCUAAAACGGUCUAACUAAUAUCAUUUCAGCUUCUUGAGCUCGAGCUGCAAGAGAAGCUAUGGAUUCAGCGUCUCUUUGAAAACUGUGAUCCGGUCCGCUGAUCUCUCACCUCUUCCUCUCUCCUGCCCCUCUUUUCCCCUUAAUUCAAGCGCAGACCAAGAAUAGCGUCAACAUACCAACAAUAUAUCCCACGUUAUCCUAUUUCGAGCAUAGACGCAUCACACAAAUUCCCCCGGCACCGCUACGCCCUCCCGCCGGCACCUCUUCGUAAACGGCUUCUAACACACUCGAAUGUCAAUAAGACAAGUUAGGUGGGAUACAAGAGCAGAAAUUUGACGCGAUGCCGCACGAACCACCCGUAGAAACGGCCGUCUCGGCGCCUGGAAAGGUGCUUCUGACAGGGGGAUACUUGGUGCUGGAUCGCAACUAUACCGGCACUGUAUUAGCUCUGAAUGCAAGGAUUCAUGUUAUUGUACAACAGUUGCCGAUGGGGAAAGGAGGAAGAAGAACAUCUGCCAGCGCAGGUCAAUCGCCAAAGGGAGGGUUAAAUGUCCACGCCGAUGGCGAUACACCCAUAGAUGGCAUGGAAGGGGACGUAGCCAGAGGGAAAGAACAUGAGGAGCAGUCGGAAGAAAUGAUUAUUGUGAAGUCGCCGCAGUUCAUUGAUGCAGUAUGGGAAUAUCGGAUCCAGAGAGUCGAGAGCGGCGGAGGAGUCAAAGUUCAGCAGGUCAAUGACGGUCCCCAAAACCCCUUCAUCGAGACCUCUUUGAAUUACGCUUUGACAUAUGUGAGCUAUGUCGCUGCGUCGAAGCAUUUCGGUUCCCUAUCCGUUACCAUCCUUGCGGAUAACGAUUACUAUUCGGAAACUGCAACAUCUUCCAUACCAAACAGGGGAGGUCGCUUCGUGAAUUUUGGAGUGAAACUGCAGGAAGCACACAAAACGGGUCUAGGCUCCUCGGCUGCUCUUGUCACGGCUCUGGUGUCUGCUAUUGUCAUCCACCGUACCGUGCAACCCGAAGAACUCCCCUCAGUCCGGGAUAAACUACAUAACCUGGCUCAAGCUGCUCACUGUGCCGCCCAAGGUAAAGUAGGCUCUGGAUUUGACAUUGCGGCAGCCGUGUACGGAUCUUGUCUUUACCGUCGUUUCUCACCAUCUGUUCUCAGCGACCUGGGCGAGGUUGGCUCCCCGCAGUUUGAACAGCGCCUAUUUACAGUUGUUGAAGACCUCAAUACCGAAAAACCUUGGGACACAGAGUGUGUAGACUUUGGAUUUAAACUCCCAAGGGGGCUCCAAAUGGUCCUUUGCGACGUCGACUGCGGUUCGCAGACCCCCGGCAUGGUUAAAAAGGUGCUGGAGUGGCGGGAACAGAACCGCGGGGACGCAGAGCUGCUCUGGACGGGGCUACAGCGGAACAAUGAAAAGCUUCGCCUCGAGCUCAAGCGAUUGGCACAAAACCGCAAUGUAGUCCAGAAUUAUGAUGAACUCAGCAACUUGAUCACUCGCACUAGGAUGUGGAUUAAGUCCAUGACGAAGGAAUGCGGGGUUCCCAUUGAACCUGAGGUGCAGACAGAAUUAUUGAAUGCCUUUUCGAAAAUUGACGGGGUCAUUGGUGGCGUUGUUCCCGGCGCGGGCGGAUAUGAUGCACUCGUGCUUCUGGUAAAGGAUGAUCCUGCCGUCAUGGAUGCAAUCCACGAUCUGGCAGAUGGCUGGAAAAGCUCAGUGCAAGAUGAUUUUGGUGGGAAAAUUGGCAAAGUACGAUUGCUCGGUGUUGGCUACGGAUCUGAGGGUUUGAAAAAUGAGCUGGCGGUGCGUUAUAGUGGUUGGAUAUGAUGUGAGGAGUGUGCAAGGUUAUUGCAUCCACUGUUGGGGAGAAAAACGUAACACUAAAUGCUGCCUGUAGAGUAGUGAAUUCACAUAGUCCAGCGAGAUACCC